AUGUCCGCAAGGAGCAGUAGCAGUGACCCGACCACGUCCUGCGAGCAAUACCGCCGACGAACAAGACGAGAUGAGUUCUCGUCGACGACCCUUGCAGGCAGCAGCGACAAUCGUUCCUUCCUCUCCAUCGCUGAUGAACUUCGAGUGACAGCAACAACCCUCUUUCAGUCCGCACACGUCGAGAAGGUCUUCAUGCGGCACACCCUGUCGGCCUUCGUUCAGGCCCGAACAGCCGCAACACUCUCCGUCGGCUUAUUUUCCGAGCAGCGGCAUCCCCGUCGGCCUUCGUUUGGCGGCCCGAACGGCAGCGGGAGCCCUUUCGGGCCCGUACGAGUAUAA